UUCUGACUUUAGUGGAUUGAGAUUCAUGAGAUGGUUUUUGAGUUCCGAAAAGGUUUAAAAAGCCAGGUUUGCAUCCAAUAGUUCCCAAUCCAAUUGGAUGAGUUCUUUUCUCAAUCCAGAAUUUCUUGGGACGUUAACCUGUCAUGGCGGAUACCAUAGUCCAAGUUACGAUGCCGGAUGUUGCAUCAGUAGGGGAAGGGAAGCCAAAGAGGACGCCGCUGGAUUGGCGGAGGAUGAGCGUUGUGUGCUUGGUUACUUUUGUUGACCCCCUCCAAUUCGGUGUCCUCCUCCCCUUCAUCUACUUUAUGGUCCGAGACUUUUACCCAACAUCCACCCACAUUGGAACCUACGUCGGUCUCAUCACCUCCUCCUUCUGCCUCGCCCAACUCGUGACGGCUUUACCUUGGGGAUGGCUUUCGGACCGAGUAGGACGAAAGUGGGUCCUGGUGGCGGGGUUGCUGGGAAAUGGUGUCUUUGUGGGUUUGUUUGGUGUCAGUAGGACGUUUUUGCAAGCGGUGCUGUUUCGGAUGGCUUGUGGGGCAUUGAACGGCAACGUUGGAGUCGCCAAAUCCGUCAUUGGUGAAAUAACUGAUGAUAGCAACCGAUCUCUCGCCUUCUCCGUCUGGGAGACUGCGUUCGGCCUCGGUGGAAUCGUGGGACCCGCACUCGGUGGCCUGCUUUCUCAUCCGGCUGACAAGAUACCUGCCUUUAGAAAUGUUGAAUUCUUUCGCACCCACCCAUAUUUUCUUCCUUGCCUGGUGUGUGUCGGUUUGAGUGUGUUUGGGGCUGUUCUGGCCAUUGUGGGCUUUGAGGAGACAUUGGGGAGGGGUGGGCAAAAGGAGAAAGAGAAAGUGGAAGGUGAAGGGGAAGAUGGAGCAGAGAAGGAAGGAGAGAAAGGGUUACAAGUCAGCGAUGUGAGAGGAGAGAUUUUGAAAUCUGCGGAAACACUUUUGGAGGAAGGGUUUGGAGGUACGGAGACUACUUCCCGACGAGGAUCAUCACAUUCGGUCCUCUCCAUUCCGGCCCUACCCACCUCCCGACGUGGGUCGAUGGGUUCGGUCCUACCAGUACCUCCUCAUCUACCCACCUCCCGCCGAGGUUCCAAAACGUCUCUCUCGUUCCCAGUCCCAUCCUUAGGCUCCUCCCACCGUUCCUCCCGUCGAGCUUCCAUCACCUCCAUUGCAGCCACCGCACCGGCUCCCAUAUCCCACAGAGGAUCAAUCGUCUCGGCGGAUAACGUCAAACUCCCGAAACAAUGGACCAUCCGCUCCCUCCUAACAAAACGGAUUCUCCUCCCUGUUCUAGCGUACGCACUGUGGGCCCUGAUCCAAGUCCUAUAUGACGAGACACUAUCCAUCUUUGCAGUUGCACCCAUUUCAGCACAUGGACUAGGUCUUACGUCCCAGACCCUGGGACUUGCCCUCACCUCCGCGGGCGUGAUCCAGGUCUUUGCUCAGGCCGUCGUAUACCCUCCUUGUGAGCAAAGAUGGGGAUUAGGAGCCUGUUUGAAGGCAGCUGCGGUCGGGAUGGCAGUGUUUGUGUUUGGUACCGGGUUUGUUGGGGACUUGACUCGCAAGGGGCGGAUUGCCGUGGUGGUCGGGUUGGUCGGGUGUUUGGUUGGGAGGACAGUGGCAAUUGUUUUUGGAUAUAUUUCCAUCAUGAUUAUGAUUAAUAACUCUGCACCAUCACCGUCUACCUUGGGGACCGUUCACGGCUUUGGCCAAGUUGCCUGUUCCGCGGCGAGAACCAUCGGACCAGCUUUUGCAGGCUUACUCUGGACCCGAGCGUCAACUAGCAAUCUCCCCUUUCCCCUCGACUUUCACGUCCCUUUUAUCCUUAUGAGCGGUAUCGCGCUUGGGUGCUGGGUGCUGGCAGUUGUAAUAGAGCGGAGGGAACGGCGUGCGAUGAGAGAAGCGACUUGCGUGGAGUUAGGGACGGCCUCUAUGGCGUAAUUGUGUUUAUCUGUGUGUGUGUGUUUGUGUGUGUGUGUGUUUGUGUGUGUGUGUUUGUUGUUGCUUCGUAGGUGCAGAACCCCGUGCGAGUUACGGGUUUAUACCCUUUUUUUUCAUUGUUGCCCUUGGAGC